AGUAAUCAACUAAGAGAUACAUUAUUAUUAAACCAGUAUUCUCCAGAGGAACAGUAGUACAUUACAACAUCAAGAUGAAGACCGCAUCACUCAUUGCUUUUCUUGCUGCAGUCUGCCUCCUCAUGGCCACAUCAACACAAGGUCGAGCUGUAGUCCGAGGUGAAGGAGGGGAGGCUCUAGAUAGAGCAAAGAGGCAGACAUCUACAAGCGUGGAGAGUACGAGUGACGAAAGUACGAGUGACGAAAGUACGAGUGACGAAACUACGACUUCGACGACUAAUGACUCGGAUUCAAGUGAAGAGAGUGAAUCCGCCGAGACUACCACUGCAGCUGCAACAACGGCUGCUGUUACAACGGUUGCUGCAACAACAGUAUAGGACAUCAAUAGAAUAAUAACCCACCAACACCCCGGGCAACGACUAAACAACGUCCUGUAUUAAUCUUGUAGUUUUUCAGGCAACUGUGAUAAUUAUCAUAUUCGGUCAGCGAGAUGCUUAUAUUGUUGUUAUCCCCAUUAAACUUUCAUGUAUUGUUUUGCCUGAUACAUUUCUAUGACGAAAUGAUAUAUCAAAACGUUAAAGAAAAAUUAAGUUCCACGAUAACAGCUGAAAUGCAUGAUGUACCUUCAAUUACAAGUUUUGUUAAAGGGAGACAUUUCGCCUGCUCACUACAUUCUAUGUAGGCCAAUGUUCCCCUAAAAUAAAAAUAAAAGCUGUUUUUAGGAAGACAUUAAUUUGGAUCAUUAAAUGCCACAGUA